GGCGUGAUUUUAUUCUAACUGUUCAAAUGGGUAUCAAAAUUAGAAUGUUAAUGCCAGAAUAUCAUUAUAAAAGUGAACAAUUUAAAACUACUGAAAAUAAUCCAACAAAUGCAAUUUCAACAAUUUAUGCACUAAUAUUCAAUACGAAAACAUGUUACUUUGGCUAUCAAGCAUUUCUUCACAAAAAGAAUAGGAAUAUACUAGAGCAGGAUAAUAAGUGCAUAUUAGAAAUAUAUCAAGAUUCAAAAUUACAAAAACAGUUUGUUGGUACGAACCCAAAUGAAGUUUGGAAGCUUUCUGGUCAAUUACAAAAAUUCAGAGGAACACAACUUUUUAGAUUAAAAAACUAUAAUAUUCAAACACUUAUUUGCCAAAUGCAUAUUCCAGUUCAAUUUUGGACUAAAUCCAACAAUCCAAAUAAUGAUAAAGAAUUAUUAGCAAAUUUGCACAAGAUUAGAUAUCUCACAAGUAUACCAAGUCACAUACCCAAUACCUCUAAAACAUUUUGGUUGUACUUUAUUUGUAUUCUUGCUGAUAAUGAAAAAUAUUUAGAUGGCAAGCAACACAUCUUAUCGAUUAUUGCUAAUGAUUUCUCUUAUGCAGAAUUGCAAGUUAAAUUAGAAGCUGCUAUAAGUAAUAUUUCUGGUACAAGAGUUGCUAAUAUAAUGCCAAAUAGAGAUUUGAAAAGUAAAUUAGAUACAAUAUCAGGAAUAUCAAAUUUUCAUGAAUGGACCUGGCCAGUAGAUAAUGAAAAUAUUGGAACAAAUCCACAACAGAAAAUGACAGCUGAGCAAAUGAGCAUGGAAUUAAAAAUACUUGCACAAGAAAGCAUUAUUCCUUUAUCUGAUAUACCCAAGGUUUCUAGUAUUCGUAAUUGGAUUUCGGGCUUUUCACUAUAA